CGCGCUACUCCCGCGGGCCACGCCCUCCGCCUCGCGCACGCGCACUUGCCCACAGCAUUCCCUCUGCCGGGUCGCAGGCUUCUUGGUGCUGUCUCGCGCCGCAGCCACCGCAGUAGCGGCAUUUCUUUGAGGCGUACGCGCAUGAUGGCCUCCGCGCCCGUUCCCAGCCAGAGGCCGCGGUAGUGGCACUGAGCCCCUUGGGCGCGUAGACGCUCUCGCUUCGUCUCCUGCUUGGCGCCGGUUAUCCCCUUGCGCGCCCAAGGGCCGUUAUCCUCCUGCAACGGUCCGCACGCCACGCACGCGCAGUAGCGAGGAGCGCGCGCGCACGGGAGCGGCGGCCGCAGGAAGGAGGUGCCGCCGCCGCCAUUGCGAAGGAGGGAGGGAGCGAGCGAGCAAGGCUGGUCCGCCCUCCCCCUGGUUCCCGCCCCUCCCCCCUUCCCCUCCCCGCCCCCCCGCCCCGAGGGAGAGCCGCGGCGCGGCGGGAGGAGGAGGUGGAGGAGGUGGAGGAGGCGGAGGAGGGAGCCCGCGAGGGAGGGUCCGCCCGGCCCCCCGCCGCCGGAGCCGCCGCCGCCGCCUCAGCCGCCGCUGGACGAGGAGCAGCAGAACAUGGCGCCGGGGCCGCCGUCGCCGCUGCUGGGAUCCUGGAGGCCGGAGCCGCGCUGAGGGCGCCCAGCUGGAAGAAAUGUUUACUAUUUGGCGAUGAGAAGUGGUGAAAACUGACCUCGCACUGGUAUACAAACACUAUGGGACCUGACAGUCUUGCUGCAUCGGCAGCCGGCCCCCACUGAUAAUGUGGGGCAGCCGUCAGGUCCACUGGAAUACACUAAUCUGAUCUUGGAAGUGGCCGAUUGUGGCAGGAUGUGUCGACGAUGAUGAUGGCAAGAAAGCAAGAUGUCCGCAUUCCCACCUACAACAUCAGUGUGGUGGGAUUGUCUGGGACCGAGAAGGAGAAGGGCCAGUGUGGCAUUGGGAAGUCUUGUCUGUGCAACCGCUUCGUGCGCCCAAGUGCUGAUGAGUUUCACUUGGACCAUACCUCCGUCCUCAGCACCAGUGACUUUGGUGGGCGAGUGGUCAAUAAUGACCACUUUCUCUACUGGGGAGAAGUUAGCCGUUCCCUGGAGGAUUGUGUGGAAUGUAAGAUGCACAUUGUGGAGCAGACUGAGUUCAUCGAUGAUCAGACUUUUCAACCUCAUCGAAGCACAGCCCUGCAGCCCUAUAUCAAGAGAGCGGCAGCAACCAAGCUCGCAUCAGCUGAAAAACUCAUGUACUUUUGCACUGACCAGCUGGGGCUGGAGCAGGACUUUGAGCAAAAACAGAUGCCAGAUGGAAAGCUGCUGAUUGAUGGUUUUCUUCUUGGUAUUGACGUUAGCAGGGGCAUGAAUAGGAACUUUGAUGACCAGCUCAAGUUUGUGUCCAAUCUCUACAAUCAGCUCGCAAAGACAAAAAAGCCCAUAGUGGUGGUCCUGACGAAGUGUGACGAGGGUGUUGAGCGGUACAUUAGAGAUGCACAUACUUUUGCCUUAAGCAAAAAGAACCUCCAGGUCGUGGAGACCUCCGCAAGAUCCAAUGUGAAUGUGGACUUGGCUUUCAGCACCUUAGUGCAACUCAUUGACAAAAGUCGGGGAAAGACGAAAAUCAUUCCUUAUUUUGAGGCCCUCAAGCAGCAGAGUCAGCAGAUAGCUACGGCAAAAGACAAGUAUGAGUGGCUGGUGAGUCGCGUUGUGAAGAACCAUAACGAGAACUGGCUGAGCGUCAGCCGGAAGAUGCAGGCCUCUCCCGAGUACCAGGACUAUGUCUACCUGGAAGGGACUCAGAAAGCCAAGAAGCUGUUUCUCCAGCACAUCCACCGCCUCAAGCACGAGCACAUUGAGCGCAGGAGAAAGCUGUACUUGGCAGCCCUGCCGCUAGCUUUUGAAGCUCUUAUACCCAAUCUAGAUGAAAUCGACCACCUAAGCUGCAUAAAAACCAAAAAGCUCUUGGAGACCAAGCCAGAAUUCCUCAAGUGGUUUGUUGUGCUUGAAGAGACACCGUGGGAUGCCACCAGUCACAUUGACAACAUGGAGAAUGAACGGAUUCCCUUUGACUUGAUGGAUACUCUCCCUGCCGAGCAGCUGUACGAGGCCCACUUAGAGAAGCUGCGGAACGAGAGGAAAAGAGCUGAGAUGAGAAGGGCAUUUAAAGAAAACCUGGAGACCUCUCCCUUCAUAACUCCUGGAAAGCCUUGGGAAGAGGCCCGUAGUUUUAUUAUGAAUGAAGAUUUCUACCAGUGGCUGGAAGAAUCUGUAUACAUGGAUAUUUAUGGCAAACACCAAAAGCAAAUUAUAGACAAAGCAAAGGAAGAGUUUCAGGAGCUGCUUUUGGAAUAUUCAGAAUUGUUUUAUGAGCUGGAGCUGGAUGCUAAGCCCAGUAAGGAGAAGAUGGGUGUCAUUCAGGAUGUUCUGGGGGAGGAACAGCGAUUUAAAGCAUUACAGAAGCUCCAAGCAGAGCGUGAUGCCCUUAUCCUGAAGCACAUUCAUUUUGUGUAUCACCCAACCAAGGAGACGUGCCCUAGCUGCCCAGCCUGUGUGGAUGCGAAGAUCGAGCAUUUGAUUUGUUCUCGGUUUAUCCGGCCAUCUGACCGGAAUCAGAAAAAUUCACUCUCUGACCCCAACAUUGAUAGAAUCAACUUGGUUAUCUUGGGCAAAGAUGGCCUCGCACGUGAGUUGGCCAAUGAGAUUCGAGCUCUCUGUACAAAUGAUGACAAGUAUGUGAUAGAUGGUAAAAUGUAUGAGCUUUCCCUGAGGCCGAUAGAAGGGAAUGUCAGGCUUCCUGUGAACUCUUUCCAGACGCCAACAUUUCAGCCCCAUGGCUGUCUCUGCCUUUACAAUUCAAAGGAAUCGCUGUCCUAUGUGGUGGAGAGUAUAGAGAAGAGUAGAGAGUCCACGCUCGGCAGGCGAGAUAAUCAUUUAGUCCAUCUCCCCCUGACGCUAAUCUUGGUUAAUAAGAGAGGAGAUACCAGUGGAGAGACCCUACAUAGCUUAAUACAACAAGGUCAGCAGAUUGCCAGCAAACUGCAGUGUGUCUUUCUCGACCCUGCUUCUGCUGGCAUUGGUUAUGGACGCAACAUUAAUGAAAAGCAAAUCAGUCAAGUUUUGAAAGGACUCCUGGACUCCAAGCGUAACUUAAACCUGGUCAGUUCUACCGCGAGCAUCAAAGAUCUGGCUGACGUCGACUUGCGAAUUGUCAUGUGUCUGAUGUGUGGAGACCCUUUCAGUGCAGAUGACAUACUCUUUCCUGUCCUUCAGUCCCAAACCUGUAAGUCUUCCCAUUGUGGAAGCAACAACUCUGUUUUACUUGAACUACCAAUCGGACUCCACAAGAAGCGCAUCGAACUGUCUGUUCUUUCGUACCAUUCCUCAUUUAGCAUCAGAAAAAGCCGGUUGGUCCAUGGGUACAUUGUUUUUUAUUCAGCCAAACGUAAGGCCUCCUUGGCUAUGUUACGUGCCUUUCUUUGUGAAGUGCAGGAUAUUAUCCCCAUUCAGCUGGUCGCACUCGCUGAUGGCGCUGGAGAUGUCCUGGACAAUGACUUAAGUCGGGAACAGCUGAGUGAGGGAGAGGAGAUUGCUCAAGAAAUUGACGGAAGGUUCACAAGCAUCCCCUGUAGCCAACCCCAGCAUAAACUUGAGCUCUUCCACCCAUUUUUUAAAGAUGUGGUGGAUAAAAAGAACAUAAUCGAGGCUACUCACAUGUACGAUAACGCUGCAGAGGCCUGUAGCACCACAGAAGAGGUGUUUAACUCCCCCCGAGCGGGCUCUCCACUCUGCAACUCAAACCUGCAGGAUUCGGAAGAGGAUAUCGAGCCCCCUUCUUACAGCUUGUUUCGAGAAGACACAUCACUGCCCUCUCUGUCCAAAGACCAUUCUAAGCUCUCUAUGGAACUGGAGGGAAAUGAUGGGCUGUCUUUCAUCAUGAGUAAUUUUGAGAGUAAACUGAACAACAAAGUACCUCCGCCCGUCAAGCCAAAGCCUCCCGUGCAUUUCGAUAUCACAAAGGGGGAUCUGUCUUAUUUAGACCAAGGCCAUAGAGAUGGACAGAGGAAGUCUGUGUCCUCUAGCACCUGGCUACCUCCAGAUGGGUUUGAUCCUUCCGAUUACGCCGAACCCAUGGAUGCUGUGGUGAAGCCAAGGAAUGAAGAAGAAAACAUAUACUCAGUGCCCCAUGACAGCACCCAAGGCAAAAUCAUCACCAUUCGGAAUAUCAACAAAGCCCAGUCCAACGGCAGUGGCAAUGGCUCUGACAGUGAAAUGGACACCAGCUCUCUGGAGCGCGGCCGCAAGGUCUCCGUCGUAAGCAAGCCCGUGCUGUACAGGGCGAGAUGCAGCCGGCUGGGGAGGUUUGCCCGUUACCGGACCAGCUUCAGUGUGGGGAGCGACGACGAGCUGGGGCCCAUCCGGAAGAAAGAGGAGGAUCAGGCAUCUCAAGGUUAUAAAGGGGACAAUGCCGUCAUUCCCUAUGAGACAGACGAAGAUCCAAGGCGGAGGAAUAUUCUUCGCAGUCUGAGGAGGAACACUAAGAAACCAAAGCCCAAACCCCGGCCAUCCAUCACAAAGGCAACCUGGGAGAGUAACUACUUUGGAGUGCCCUUGACAACUGUCGUGACUCCAGAGAAGCCCAUCCCUGUUUUUAUUGAGCGAUGUAUCGAGUACAUCGAAGCCACAGGACUGAGCACCGAAGGCAUCUACCGGGUCAGUGGGAACAAGUCUGAGAUGGAGAGUCUGCAGAGACAGUUCGACCAAGACCACAACCUGGACUUGGCAGAGAAGGACUUUACGGUGAAUACCGUGGCUGGGGCCAUGAAGAGCUUUUUCUCAGAGCUGCCGGACCCCCUGGUCCCGUACAGCAUGCAGAUCGAUCUGGUGGAGGCGCACAAAAUCAAUGACCGGGAACAGAAGUUACAUGCCCUUAAGGAGGUACUCAAGAAAUUUCCAAAGGAAAACCACGAAGUCUUCAAAUAUGUCAUCUCUCACCUAAACAAAGUCAGCCACAACAACAAGGUGAAUCUCAUGACCAGUGAGAACCUCUCCAUCUGCUUCUGGCCCACCUUGAUGAGACCCGACUUCAGCACCAUGGACGCCCUCACGGCCACGCGGACCUACCAGACAAUCAUUGAGCUCUUCAUCCAGCAGUGCCCCUUCUUCUUCCACAAUCGGCCCAUCAGUGAGCCUCCUGGUGCCACGCCCAGCUCCCCCUCUGCCGUGGCUUCCACUGUCCCCUUCCUCACCUCCACGCCUGUCACAAGUCAGCCAUCACCCCCCCAGUCCCCUCCACCCACCCCCCAGUCCCCCAUGCAGGCCCUGCUCCCCUCCCAGCUUCAAGCCGAACACACGCUGUGAGCCGUCAAGGCCUGGAGCAAAAGGACACCUUCUCUCUUCCACGGGGUGGCAUUUGGCCUUGAACAAAACCAGGUCCACUGGGGUGGGGAGAGUGUCCCCUCUCCCCGUUACCUUCUGAAGACAUCAGCAGGAGCACCAGCCCCAGUCUCCCAAGGGCCGAGGGCCGGGCUGUCAGGCCCCCUGAGCCCAGCGCUGCAGACCUGGAGCUGUUCACAGGCAGCAGCCAGGGGGCGCCCCUGUCCUUUGACUUGGACCCUUUUAAGGACUGAACUGGCCAGACAGUAGCCCCCGUGGCCCUCCACACGCUCACUGCUCCCCAGACCACCCCCCCACCUGCCCCCACGUACCAGCCUUGGAGCACCCACCCACUGCUUGGACAGAGCCCCAGCCUCCACCAACAGGAGGAGGCUCCGAGAUUUGGGCCGCCCUGGGGCAGGGCCGGCAGCCCCCCCCCCCCCCCCCCCCCCCCCCCCCGAGAACAAUUCCCAUCCAUUUCGUCUGUCUGUUUCUACCUUCAUGUCUGCACCCCUGCCCCUGUUAGGGGAGCCUCUGUCCAGCAACCUCGGGAACACACAGGCCGCAGCUUUGUCAGCCCAAGGUACAGUGCUGCGAGUGCUGGCCCGCCAGGUCAGGACAGGGAGGGCAGCUGUGCACCUGGACCACAAGUGUGUGGCUUCCCCUCCACUUCCCACACGCCCGUCCCUCGUCACAGGCUUUGGGAUACAUUCCCUUUAAAACAACACUGGAAGAAAUGUGGAAAACCCCCUACAGUAACUUAAAAAAGAAAGAGGAAGACACUACAGACCUCAAGAUUGACCCUCCCCCCACGUCUCGGAGAGGCAAGCAGGUGGUCACAGCGAAACAAGGAUGCCAGAGGGUGGUGGCCAGAGGAGCUGUGGGGGUCCCACUUUCGCCCUGUCACCAGGUCCCCUUUCCCCAAGAAGACAGUUAAAGGCCUUGGUGGGAAGAGCUUGGGAGACCCACAGACCAGCCUGAAUCCUGGUCUGCCUUGGAACACACUACAGUGCUACGGAAACACUACUCUGUGUGGGGGUGGGCACAUGUAUGAGUGGGUGGGCACGUGGAGGGUAUGCCUGUUGGACAGGGCACACCUUGGGGGGACUCUGGGUGCACCUGGGGUUCAGUUCCGUGUUUGGUGUUGGAAUGGAGUCAUUAUCAUCCUGGGCCGAAGGACACCCCCAGCCCAGGGGAGUUUGUGGGAGGUGGGCGAUGUGUGAAGAGUGGUCACCUGUGCCUGCGCAGGGACAUCCUUUGUGUUCCCAGGACCAGGAGGGCCUGGAGGAGCAAAAGUCACAGAAGCUCUCAGAGUCACGAGGAGGGUGCUGGGCCUGCCUGUCACACAGCCCUUCCCUAGCCCUUCCCCUCAGCUUCCGGGCCCUCCCACUGACCCCCGGGGAACCCUUCGAGUGCCCCACCGUCUGUCCCCCAGACACAGCGAUCGUGCUAAGGCUGCUACAGCUGCUGGCUGCCCCCCCACUCCUCGUGGCCAGGCUGUGGCCUCUGCCCCCGGAAAGCCUGCCACGGAGGCGCCCUGGGCCAUGGGCUUCAGGGUCCUGCAGGCCAUGCAGCCUCCAGGUCUCUCCGCACUUUAAGCAACGCCUGUGGCAGGUUUGAUGAUGCCCUGGUUCCCCUCAGCUGGGUGACAGCUGCCUCGGAAGCCCCUCCCGUCGUCCCACUCUCACGGUCGGCCAUGGGAGGGGAGGGAGGCCCUGCGCUCGCUGACUUAUCCGAAUAAGCUGGAUACCUUACUGCUCGCGGCUCCUGUAAGCCAGAGCAAGGUGCUUGGGAAACUGUCCCUGCAACUUCUACCGCCUCUUUUUAAGAACACUAGUCUAAACACAAACCUAAGGUACCUGAAUGGUGAUGGGAGUGCUGGGUGGGGGUCUCCUCCGUGGCUCAGCGCCCCAAUGCGCUCGGUCGAGGUCGGCGGGAAGGUGAUGGGUCAUUUGUGACUGCGCUUGGCCCCACAGUCCUGGCGGUCCAGUCCCCUCUGCUCUAAGCCCCGGCCGGUGAGGAAAUCACUCUGCUGAACGGAUCUCCGCCUUCCUCUAGAUCAUGCUCACCUACCCACCCCGAGGCAGCCUCUCAGGGUACCGGGUGGGGGUGCUCCGGGACCACCACCCCUUGUGUGAACUGAAAUAGAAGUAGCCGGUCCCCUGCCCACCUGCCGUCUCCACGGGGCCACCCCCCAUGCCACAGCCUGCAUGCCUGGGCUGUGCCCCAGCAACUGGACGAGCCCCCCAGCUCCCCACACCCCUGAGACUGCAGACAGGCAGGUGGUGACUCCCUAGUGUGUGGGUGACGGCGGGACACCGGCUGCGGGCUAUUGCCCUCACGAAGUAGUGGGAGCCCGGCUUCCCCGGGAUAGCCUCUGGGCCAGCUCUGCCCCCUGCCAGCCAGCUUGGGAGCCACAGGACCCAUUCCCCUGGCUGGACCCGGCAUCCUGCCGGAGGUUUAAGGGUGUCCAGAGGGGAGCUGCUGGCUCAUGCCCUGAAGAGAUGCCGAGGACAGGAAGCGCCGGGGGUUCCUCUUGUUUCCAUUUCCUCUGUCGAGUCUAGCUUCUAGUUUUCUGCUCCAGACUGACUUGAACUGGGGGAUGCUUCUCUGUCAUUCUGGGUUGGCGCUGCCAUUCGUGGUCAUUGUGGGCCCUGGCCUUCAGUCCCCAGCCGGGGGUUAGCACCCGGACCGAAGGGGGCCCCUGGUCCCUGGGGCUGUGCUGGGACGUGCUGCCCUAAAUGGGACGCUCCUACUCCUCGAGGCCAUCCAGCAUGCGAAGCUCUGAAGAGUGCGCUCCCCAUGAUUCUCACCCUGCCAGUGGCCCCCAUGGCUCUGGAAUUGAGGGAAGGGCAGGCAGGAGUCGGCCUUGGCCAGAGUGGGGGAGCAGGUCAGCAGAGGUAAUGGGGUUGCCCGGGAGCUCUGUCCCCGGCCAGUGUUUGACAUCCACAGAUAGGAGUGGCCGUACUCGGUGGAAACGAACAGCCCCUGGUUGGGAGCCGAGGGCUGAUGCCGGCUCUGACCCGGAUGCUUCCGCCGUGGAAGGGGUCCAAGGUUGAGCGGCAUGGGCUUGCGAAUCAGCCCUGAAUUCUUGGCUGUGUUGCCUACUGGGGAUCACACACGGCACAUUUAUUCCUGCUCUCCGUCAAGUCAUUCUUGCCAUCACUUGAUAUUCUGGAGUGCUGGGAAACACUUGGUACUGUUUCCUGUGUUCUCCACCCGGCCGCCACCUUGGUCUUCCUGCCGCGAGGCGGGAACAUGCUGUCGACUGUGAUUCUUCCGGCAGAAUUUGUCGGUCUUUGCCAGGUGGACAGAGGGUGACAUCACAGGAGCAGCGCACUGUCCACGAGGGGCCCAGAGCGUGUGCCUUCCCCUGGCCUUGCGCCUGGGGCCCUGGUCCCCUGAUCUCGGGGUGGGGAGGAAGGCCUGAGGGGCGGUCCAUCCUCAGCCCUGAAACUUGAAAACUGCGCUGUGUUGGUUAAAAACCCUGUCCCUCUGUGCCCCCUUCCCACUCCCACGAGGACAGCCACGCUGCUUUGGGGUUUCUGAGAAAGGAGUGGAUAUCGUCUCGCUGCCACUGGGAGCUCUGCCCUGCUGCUGUGUCUCCAAGAGAAGGAAGCCCCAGGGACUUGGGCAACUUUCUAGGGGCCGGUCUCCACAGUCCUGUGCAGUGGGCACAGGGUGCCCCGGGGACGGGGACAGCCGGCACUGCACUCGCUCGCUCCCGCGCCCGCUGACUCCGCAGACGGUGGAGGAGUCGCUCUCCCGUUGCUUGGCAGGUUCAAGCCACUCGUUUGCGCCUAGGUGGAAGGAAGGACGGAGUCGCUUCUGGGACUGCUGGCCAAGGGGGGCCUAGUGAGGGCAAAGGCCGUUCUCCCUCCGUAGGUUCCGGCCUGUGGCCAGGAGGGAUCCUGCCCUCCCGAGGAGCCGGGUCUGGGCCCACCGCAGUGAGGUUACAUUUUCAUGUAGAGACAGGGCCUAAGUUAUUGUUUCCAUAAAAAUAUCCUGUCCCCUGUGUACAUAAAAAAAAAAAAAAAACAAUGUAUGAGAAUAAAAAUUGUUUGAAAAUUUGGAA